AAGGGAGAGUAAAAAAAAGAAAGCCUAAACCUAAAACCCUUUCUCCUGCAGAUGCCACCCUCUGAAACCAAGUCGGCCGCCCCUUCCUUUGAAAAAACCAAAGCUCUCCUUCCUCCGUGGGACUCUCCCAAAAAGCCACACCGACCUUCUCCCCUCUCUCAGCCAACAGAAGGCCCCAACUCAUUUUCUCUUCUGAGCUCUCUGGCCAAAACACAAAGAGAGCCCCGUUUACUCUUGAAUUUUUCCUCUUCCACAUCGCCUGACUUUUCCUUCUCCCCUCAACCCCGGCCAUCAGACCCCGCUCACAGCAUCUUCUUCAUUUCUGGCCACUACCCUGCCAUUGGGAUUUUUGGCUCCCAAAACCAGAAGCCACAAAGGGGUCUCCUAUUCCCUGUUGAAGCUGCCACUCCUAGACUGAACACAGUGGCAGCCCCCGCCGUAUUCUUCAAUGAUGGUGUCUUCGCCUCAACACCGCUAGCAACCCAUAGGCCAGUAGACCCAGCUCACCAAACAGCAGCAACUAGCAACCUCUUUGUCUCCUCCAAUUGAGCCCGCCGACUGGACCACCAUGUCCAUCUCUGCUGGCUAGACCUGACAAAAUCCUAGCAGCUGGCGGCCUCUUUAGUCUUGCCAGCACCUGAAACAGAGAAGAAUGGAAAAGGAAAAAGAAAAGAACAAAUCUGUAGAGAAGCAGAUCCAGAACAAAAAAGAAGAGGAAAAAAAAUCCAAGAACAAUCAGGACAGAAAUGGAUUAAAAUCAACUGCUUGCGUUUCUGUUUCUUGUUUGCAGGUCACCGCUGGCGAGGAAAGGAAGAAGGGAGGAAGCCAUUAUGGAUCUCCGCUACUGCUUGGAUUUCGCG